AUGUACAAAACAAUCAAGACGCGUACCCUGGAAGUAGGAUACUACGACCAUGGCCCUUCCUCAGGGUGGCCAGUUCUUCUCUACCAUGGCUUCCCCUACGACAUCCACGCAUAUGACGAAGUAUUUCCUAAGCUUGUUUCAAACGGUGCUCGAGUUAUAGUCCCUUAUGUGCGAGGCUUUGGUCCCACGCGCUUUCUCUCCUCGCACACUAUGAGAAGCGGUCAGCAGGCAGCUCUGGGCUCGGAUGUUAUCGAACUCAUGGACGCGUUGAAUAUCGAAAAGGCCAUACUAGGUGGUUUUGAUUGGGGUGGCAUGUCCUGCUGCGUUGCUUCUGCGCUUUGGCCAGAGCGUGUUGUCGGACUUGUUUCGUUCUGCUUCGGUAAUGCACAGGGAGAUCCAGCGUUGCAAAAACUGGAAGACGUUCUUGCUACUAAACCCAAGAUAACUGUGCCCACUGUUGCGCUUGACGGAAAGCAGGAUCCUUUGAAGAGGGGUGGUACGGCUGCGCAUAGGCAGCAUUUUUCUGGGAAGUUUGAGAGGAAAGUUGUUGAUGUUGGACAUGCGUUUCCUAUGGAAGCGCCGGAAGACUUUGCGAAUGCUGUUUUGACUAUUCAUGGGUGGCAAAGCGGUUAA